GCGGAAGAAGAGGUGGGGGCGUGUGCGGGUGCGGGCGUGUGCGCGCGGAGCGAGCACCCGUUUGUUGUUGUCUGUCUCCUGGCGCUUGCUUCACUCGUGUCUCUCCUGCUGCCACGUGGAGCGCCAAAGCCCUCUGUGGGUGGGUGAAGAUUCGACGAGCGCGUGACACGUGUCAUCCCUGUGUGGCGCUGGCCAUGGCCGCCCUGGCACCUAUUCGAAGAACGGCAGCUGCGGCAUCAUCAUCAUCGACCCCUCGGUCUCUUAGCGGGAUGCCUGGGCGCUGCAGCACCUCCUCUCCCAUUCGACAAUUGUUUCAUCUUCAUGAAGCCAUCCGGCAAGAGGUUGAUCGACUCCACGAGGCGGCCAUAGCCUUGGGCAAAGGCGAAGGACGAGACGAAGACAUAGCCAAGCUGCGCCAUCGCCACCAGUUCUUGUAUUCCGUCUACAAAUACCACAGCAAUGCGGAAGACGAAGUCAUUUUGCCGGCUCUGGACCUGAGAGUGAAGAACGUGGCUUUUGCAUACGCCUUGGAGCAUGAGGCGGCUAGCUUUCUGUUCCAGACUCUUGUGAAUCUGCUCGAGUCUGUGAUUCUCAAGAGGGGAGAAGAGCGGGCAGCGCUGCUCAGGGAGAUUGCCUGCACAGUGGAGGGACUUAAACGAUCUCUGCAUCAGCAUCUCUACAAGGAGGAGGAGCAGGUCUUGCCCCUUCUGAUGGAGCACUUGAGUUUCGAUGAGCAGGCCGACCUCGUUUGGCAGUUCAUGUGCUGUAUACCUGUGAGCUUGCUGGAAGAAGUAAUUCCCUGGGUGGCAGGCUGUCUGACGUGGGAGGAGCGCCAGGAGAUGGUCGCCCAUAUGCGUGAUAUGAUACCUCCACAGGAGGAGCUGCUGCAGCAGGUGGUUUCUACCUGGAUGAUGCGUAGGGGCACUCCGCCAGACUUAGCAAUCAGAUGGAAGGAGCUGACGAGCAAAGAAGAAGACAUCAACACCACAGUUUUACCUCCACCUCCAUCUCCAUCUCCAUCUCCAUCGCCAUCGCCAUCUCCAUCGCCAUCUCCAUCGCUAUCUCCAUCGCCGUCUCCAUCACCAUCGCCAUCGCCAUCGCCAGUGUCGUGCUGUGGGUGGAGGACGGGGGGGGACUUGGAUACUGCAACAGCAGAAGCAGGCACGGCACAGUGUGGUGUGAAGUGUGAGAUUAGAGAGUCGCAAUGCCUGCCCAUUGCCGAUGAUGAUACACCAAUGGUACCGCAGCAAAGAGGAGGGGAUGGGAAGAGAGUGAUGAUCUCCUCCUGCUCUGCUGCCAGCCGUGAGGCCAUUGCCUUGAUGGAGGAUGACGGCCCAAGGGCUCAGGCAGUUCUUGGCACUGCCUCGGACUCUGGUGGGACCUGGAGCCAGGAAAGCCGAUCAACUGAGGGAGCAGGAGCAGACACUGGGAACGGAAACGAGAAAUUCAAUGUCAAUCAUGGUAGAGACCAGAGAUUGGACGAUGGUGGAAACCAGAUCCUGAACUUGUAUGGUCGUGAGAACCAGAAAUUGGAGGAUGAUGGUGAUGGGAGAAAGCAGAAGGAUGGCGAUGGUGGAAAGCAGAAGGAUGGCGAUGGUGGAAACCACCGGUACUUAGUGACCGAUGGUGGUGGGAGAGAUGAUAGUGCAGAGAGGGGGAAGGCUGCCGGUCCUUCGAUGGAGAACCAAAGGGUUCAGACACUUGGUGUUGGAACUGCUGCUGCUGCGAGGUGGGACUCUGGGAACGUCGACGAGCAGGUCAACUACAGAACAGGCGAGGUAGCAGCAGACUGUGCGAAGAAAGGAGGAGGAGAGGAUCAGUUGAAUGAUGGUGCCGAGGAAGCAAUGGACUGUGCGAAAGGAGGAGAGGAUGGUGGCAGAACAGAUUACAAGGGUGAAGAGAGUGGUGGCAAGACGACCACCAUCCGUUUCCCUAUAAAUGAGAUGAUCCAUUUUCACAAUGCCUUGAGAGUGGAGCUGGAACGGUUCGCAGAGGAGGCGAAGACUAUGCAGCUGUCUGGGGCUGUGUGUGAAACAGCACUUUCUGCUUUGAAUGAGAGGUUUCGCUUCCUGGCUGAUGUGUGCUUCUUUCACACCACGGCGGAGGAAGAGGUGGUGUUUCCUGCAGUGGGAAAGAAGGUGAAACUGCCAGUGACCUACACAGAGGACCAUGCAAACGAGGAGAGGUUGCUGACGGAUGUCGGCCGCCUGAUCGCCGGAAUGCAGAUGGAAUCUAAAAAUAGCUGCACUGAGGAAGACGUGGCCCAGCGGAUGGUGAAGGAGCUGUCUUUGCAAGCAGAAGCGAUUGUUACGAAAGUCUGCCAGCAUUUUAUCAAGGAAGAGUCUCUGGUGCUUCCCCUUGUGUGCGAGCACUUCUCCAUGGAGGAACAGAGGGAGAUUAUGUACCAGUCGCUGCGUGCGAUGCCUCUGCGGCUUCUUGAGCGAGUGCUGCCGUGGGUUGUGGCCCUUCUGUCGGAUGAGGAAGCUUCCGAUAUGCUGAGGAAUAUGCAGCUCGCGGCUCCUGAGAUCGAUUCCGCACUCGUGGAGUUGUUCUCCGGCUGGGCAUCCCGAGGACGAUCCCGUUCGUGUCCUGGUUCGCCGCCUUCGGGCAAUGCGUCCAAUUCCCCUCUGCUGGGACAUGUCAUCAAGGACCAUGCUCUGACCUCCGGCAGCGAGGAGCGCGGUGGGCAAGCCUUUCAACGGACUGGAGGUGUCACAGGGGCUCCUCCUUCUUCUUUAAGCAGUGGCCACGCGCAAACGGCCUUUCAAUGGACUGGAGGUGUCACAGGGGCUCCUCCUUCUUCUUUAAGCAGUGGCCGCACGCAGAGAGACGCCUCACUUGACAGUGAAAGGCCAUCGAAACGGCAGUGCCGAGUGCUGGAAGGAGUUGAAGGCCCAGACUUGAGUGCGUUGCUAGUUGCCAUACCAAGGCUAGGUGCAACCGAGGGGGAGUCUCAGAGAACCGGUGGUCCCCACCUGGCAGCUGACACUGCGUCUCAAGGAGUGGGAGGAGCGGCUGUUGAAAUGGACGGGGGCUUGAAAGUGGACUUGACGAGUAAAGAACUGAAGGUUGGAAACAGCAGUGGUGCUGCGAGGAUGACAGAUGCGGGGACCGCUGCAUCUGCAUGUGACAUGGAUGCUCAGGAAAGAAGUGUUGGAAGAGGAUGCUUGUCCAAACGUUUCGAUGAGGAUGUGAUGGGGGUCGGGCACUCUCGCCGGACCACAGGAAGAGGGGUUUUGAAGGACAGGGUCCACCGAAGAAAGGAGGUUCGAAUGAAGUAUCCAAAAAAGCCGAUUGACCACAUCUUCCAGUUUCACAAAGCUAUCAGAAGGGACCUGGAGCAUCUUGACUACGCGUCAACGAAACUGGUGGACUGUGAUGACGAGGCAUUGCGAAUCUUCAGCGGCCGAUUUCACUUUCUGUGGGGGCUCUACCGUGCCCACAGCAACGCAGAAGAUCAGAUCGUUUUCCCUGCGCUGGAGGCGAAGGAGGCUCUGCACAAUGUCAGCCACUCGUACAUACUCGAUCAUCGGCAAGAAGAACAGCUGUUCAAAGAUAUUGCGCAGGUGCUGGAGGAGCUUUUGCGUGUCAUGGCAGCCAGGAAGGAGUACGAGAAGAGGAAGGAAAUGGGAGGCGACGAGGGUAUGGAAACAACAAUCGAGGGUCUUCCUGAGAGAGAGUACUACAUCGCCAAGCACCAGGCUCUCGCAGCACGCGCUCAAGGCAUGUGCAAAUCUGUGCGGAUAAGUCUCGAUACGCACAUCAGCAGCGAGGAGGUUGAGCUGUGGCCUCUGUUUUCCCUCCAUUUCAGCGAGGAAGAGCAGGAUAAAAUUGUGGGGAGAAUCAUCGGCUCCACCGGCGCUGAAGUCCUGCAAGUGAUGCUACCAUGGGUGACAACAGCACUGACAGAGCAGGAGCACGACGAAAUGAUGUCGUUCUUCCGUCAGGCAACACGUAACACCAUGUUUAGCGAGUGGCUGCGUGCAUGGUGGAAAGACGAGGGGGAAAGGUCAGACUCUCCCCAUCUGUCCACUCCACAGCCCGCAUUCACACCGCUGCCGCCUCCUAAAGGUGCCGGUCCUCCUGUGGGAUGUGUGGAUUCCUUGGCAGUCGUGGCAAGGUAUCUGACGGGCUCGAAGAGAAAAAAGGAUGGAGGGAAGGGGAAGGCGAAAAAGAGGAGAGGGGCAGUAGUGGAGUGUCAGUCCAGAACAGGUCAAGAGACAACCAGCCGCGUUGAUCAGCAGCUGGGUGAUGCACAGUCACUGCAGAAUGAACAGGUGUUGCUUCCGGGCAAAAGGGCGGAUGAGGAGUUGAUAGGGGAUAACCAUUCCAUCAAUGAUCGAAGUCGUCCAAUGGAAGAUGGAUCGGCUUCCGUGGUGGCGGUGGAACGGCAACAACGGCAGGGGGAGGGAGAGGUGGUGUAUAUGAAGGAGGAGGGUGAGGUAGAGGGGGAAGAGGAGGACACAGAGGAGGAGAUGGAGUAUGGUGAGGGGGAUGCGUUCAGCCCUGGAUGGGAGCAGAUCUUUAGAAUGAAUCAAAAAGAGUUGGAGUUAGCUAUACGAAAUGUGUACAGUGAUAAUAACCUCGAGCCCCAGCGAAAGGCGUACCUUGUUCAGAACCUGAUGACAAGCCGAUGGAUUGUGGCGCAGCAGAAAAUGCCGCAGAGCCGAAUGGUGACGGUCCAUCGAGAGACGUUUGGAGGAGAGCCGCAGGAUGAAGAUCCCAUCAAUUGGGCUGCUGUAGGUCGGAGUCGUUCUUACCAUGACGAGGCCAACCGGAUAUAUGGGUGUGAGCAUUAUCGCAGAAACUGCAAGCUGAAAGUUGCAUGUUGCGGGCAGCUGUUCACGUGCCGGUUUUGUCAUGACAACGCGUCCGACCACACGAUGGACAGGCAUGCUACGAAAGAGAUGAUGUGUAUGGAGUGCUUAGAAAUUCAGCCUGUUGCGCAGUAUUGUGCUACUCCAUCAUGCAGUGGCCGACGAAUGGCACGUUACUACUGCGACGUAUGCAAGUUCUUUGACGACGACGUAAAGGAUAUAUAUCACUGUCCUUUCUGCAAUCUGUGUCGCGUGGGGAAGGGUCUAGGCAUCGACUUCUUCCAUUGCAUGAAGUGUAAUGCGUGUAUGUCUGUUUCUCUGACCGUUCACACCUGUCGCGAGAAGGGGCUGGAAUCUGACUGUCCUAUUUGUCAUGACUUUCUCUUCACAUCCAACACUCCUGUUAGGUCUCUGCCGUGCGGGCAUUUCAUGCACUCCGCGUGUUACCGAGAGUACACGAACAGUCAUUACACUUGCCCCAUCUGCUGUAAAUCCAUGGGCGAUAUGGCAGUUUACUUCAGCAUGCUGGAUGCGCUUCUGGAAGCGGAGGUUCUCCCAGAGGAGUACAGGAGUAGAACUCAGGACAUUCUGUGCAACGACUGUGGACAGAAGGGGAAAGCAGCGUUUCAUUUCGUGUACCAUAAAUGUCGACAAUGCAGUUCUUACAAUACACGUACGAUUUAACUCCCUCAGAGGAGAGCAGACACUAGUCUGAAAUGGUACUAUGGUAGUGGCUAUGUAGUGGGUGCAUGGAAGAAACACAUCAUGGCCAGUAGAGAAAGGUGUGUUUGUGUGUUGCGUGUGUGUGUGCGAGGAGGUGGGCGGUAGGAGUGCGAACAGAAAUGCAGUCAAUCCCCUUUCACUUGUAAUGGUCAGCUUGUUGCCGAACAGA